UACCUCUUUAUAACAUAUAUCAUCAGAGAGUUUCAAUUAUUUUCUUUCGAUCGUCUCGCAUCGACUUUUAUUAGGGUUUUCGUUUCCUGAGAGAUCAAUCAAUCGAUAUGGCUUCCCUAGAUUCCGACGUAAACAUGAUCCCUGCUGGCGAAUCCUCCAGCUCCGUUGCCGCUUCUUCGUCGAGCAAGAAGGCCAAGAGAUUCGAAGUUAAGAAGUGGAGCGCGGUGGCUCUCUGGGCUUGGGAUAUCGUUGUUGACAAUUGCGCCAUCUGCAGAAACCACAUCAUGGAUCUCUGUAUUGAAUGCCAGGCUAAUCAGGCCAGCGCUACGAGUGAGGAAUGCACUGUUGCUUGGGGGGUUUGCAAUCACGCCUUCCACUUUCACUGCAUCAGCAGAUGGUUAAAGACUCGUCAAGUUUGUCCAUUGGAUAACAGUGAGUGGGAGUUCCAGAAAUAUGGUCACUAAUCGUGCCAUCAAUUGUGUCUAAUAUAUAAAGAUAUCAUGUUGACUUCGCUGCGGCAUUUGAGAUACUAAGAUUGCUCAGACUUCUUGUUUUCCUUUUCUGUUUUUUCACCUUGCUGUGUGAAGACAGAGAUUUACUUUCACUGAAUCUAUUAUUCGUUUUACUUCGGUAA